UCGUGGCUUCACCUGCAAUUCCUGGGAGAUCUCUCUCUCUCACCUUCUCCGCCCAGCAGCUCGUCAACUUCCAACACAAUUCUCUCUCUCUCUCUCUCUCUCUCCCCGACCCAAUCGCAGUUCGAGUAAUUUCUUCGCAAUUAAUGGCAGCAAUAUCAGGGAAGAUUAUACAAAAUGUUUCGGUAGCACAUUGCUACCACCGGAAUAGGCAGGUCUGCACUCAAUAUCAAAGGGCAUUUUGCCCCACUAGUAUGCGCAACUUGCUUCCUUUUGAAGGAGGGAAGUUAGCAUGGAAUGACAUCUCAGCCAUGCAUUCGCCCUUCUUGUCAAAAUAUCAGUCUGGUUGUGUUAACCGAGGAACUUUUUUCUGCAAUGCUGCUCCAUCUACUACUGCAUCACCCUCAACUGAAAAAGUCGAUUUCCUUAAGCUUCAAAAUGGAAGUGAUAUUCGAGGAGUUGCUGUUGCUGGUGUUGAGGGAGAACCUGUUAAUCUUACUGAACCAGUUACAGAAGCAAUAGCAGCUGCAUUUGCUGCAUGGUUGUUGGACAAGAAGAAACUCGAUUCAUCUAAACGUUUGAGAGUUUCUAUCGGCCAUGAUUCUCGUGUAUCUGCACAAAAGCUACAGGAUGCAGUAUCUCGAGGAAUAGCUGGUGCUGGCCUUGAUGUCGUUCAAUACGGGUUAGCAUCCACACCAGCAAUGUUUAAUAGCACGAUCACUGAAGAUGAUAACUUUUCAUGUCCAGUUGAUGGAUCCAUUAUGAUAACAGCGAGUCAUCUUCCUUACAACAGGAAUGGAUUCAAAUUCUUCACAAAUGCUGGAGGGCUUGGGAAAGCAGAUAUUAAGGACAUAUUGGAGCGGGCUGCAAAUAUUUACAUUAAUUUCGCAGUUGAAAGUAUGAAAGAUGCAGAACGAAAAGCUGCUUCAUCUGUAAAGAGAGUUGAUUACAUGGAUAUUUAUACAUCUGAUCUUGUAGCAGCAGUUCGCAAAGCUGCAGGAAAUAUCGAGAAGCCACUUGAUGGGUUUCAUAUUGUUGUUGAUGCGGGGAAUGGAGCAGGAGGAUUUUUCGCUGCAAAGGUGCUUGAGCCUCUGGGGGCGAUUACUACUGGCAGUCAGUUCUUGGAGCCAGAUGGUUUGUUCCCUAAUCAUAUUCCUAACCCGGAGGACAAGGCAGCAAUGAAAGCUAUUACUCAGGCUGUACUCGAUAACAAGGCUGAUUUGGGAAUUAUCUUUGAUACAGAUGUUGACAGAUCUGCUGCUGUGGAUUCCACUGGCCGUGAGUUGAAUCGAAAUCGUCUGAUUGCUUUAAUGUCUGCCAUCGUUCUUGAGGAACAUCCAGGAACAACAAUCGUCACAGACAGUGUGACCUCGGAUGGGUUAACGGCGUUCAUUGAAGGAAAACUUGGAGGGAAGCACCACAGGUUCAAAAGAGGCUACAAAAAUGUCAUUGAUGAAGCAAUUCGUCUGAAUUUAGUUGGUGAGGAGUCUCACCUGGCUAUUGAAACCAGUGGGCAUGGAGCUCUGAAGGAGAAUCACUGGCUCGAUGAUGGUGCAUACCUUAUGGUCAAGCUCUUGAACAAGCUUGCAUCUGCCAGAGCUUCGGGAGUUUGUGGUGACAGUAAAGUUUUGACUGAGUUGAUGGAAGGCCUGGAGGAACCUGCUGUUGCUGUUGAACUGAGACUAAAGAUUGAUCAGAGCCAUCCAGAUCUUAAAGGAGGGUCCUUCCGGGAAUAUGGAGAGGCCGUGCUGAAACACAUGGAGAACAUUACAGAGUCAGAUCCUAAGCUUCAGAAAGCCCCAGUUAACUACGAAGGCGUCAGAGCUUCUGGCUAUGGAGGGUGGUUCCUUCUGAGACUCUCACUUCAUGAUCCUGUUCUGCCCCUUAACAUUGAGGCACCAAGUGAUGAAGAUGCUGUCAAACUCGGGCUUGCUGUCCUUGCUGCUGUUGAUGAGUUCCCUGCUUUAGAUACAUCUGCCUUGGACAAAUAUGUCCGAGUAUCGUAAUGUGGAAUACCUUCCAUGUCUUAGAAGAGAAAUUUCACAUUUGGUACGGCUGAUUUGCGUACAAUCUGGUACUGGAGCUCCAUGGUUGGCACCAGUCUUCACUGAGAUGAUCUUGCCAAAUAAUGUGGCUAUAGAGUUAUGAUCGACAUCAGGAUAUUCUUUUUGGGAGUUAUGUAUUACAAUUUUGAUUUGGUUC